ACACUCCUCCAUUCUACUGGGGGAGGCUUCACACACACACACACAAACACACACACUCUAACUCGCACACUGUUGCUUUCAGAAGGACACACACUCACACACACACACACACACACUGGAGAUAUGCCACACUGUGUGGUUCUGGAGGGUCCGGCUCCGUGGGGCUUCAGGCUUAUCGGAGGAAAAGACUUCAGUCAGCCUCUCGCGAUCGCCCGGAUAUCUUCUGGCAGUAAGGCCUCUCUGGUUGACCUGUCUCCUGGUGACAUCAUCCUGGCUAUAGAUGGCAUCGCCACCGACAACAUGAUGCACUGCGAGGCUCAGAAUCGCAUCAGGGAGGCGACGCAUCAGCUCAUCUUAACCAUUGAGAGGCCAGAGACCAGACUGUGGUCACCUCGCGUGAGUGAAGAUGGCCGAGCCCACCCUUUCAAAAUCAACCUAGAAGCGGAGAGACAGGAGUACAGGCCAAUAGGAACAGGCCACAACAGGAGGGCCACUCCGUUCAUAGCGGCGGCUAACAUUGACGACAAGCGGCAGGUGGUCAGCUCGGCCUACAACUCCCCCAUCGGCCUUUAUUCCUCAGGCAACAUCCAGGACGCCUUACAUGGUCAGCUCAGGGGCCUGAUGCAAAACAAGCCAGAGAGUCCCAGGACUCUAACCUGUAUAGAAGAGUCAGAUGUGUAUCGAAUGCUGCAGAGAGAUCAGACAGAAGAGGAGUCUCAUGAGCCCCGCCAAUCAGGAUCAUUUAAAGCCCUGCAGGAUUACAUCAACAGUGAGGGAACACGUCCAAUAGUGACGAGAACAGUGCGAGCGCCCACCACCAAGCCCCCGGCCCCCGCAGGAAACCUCCACAAACUGCCCAUGUGUGACAAGUGCGGCAACGGCAUAGUAGGGACAGUCGUAAAGGUUCGGGAUAAGUAUCGGCACCCCGGCUGUUUCGUCUGCUCGGACUGUGAGGACAACCUGAAGCAGAAAGGCUAUUUCUUCAUAGACGACCAACUUUACUGCGAAACCCACGCUCGCGCUCGCACGAAACCGCCGGAGGGUCACGACCUCGUCACGACUUUCCCCGCAGAGUAGCACACACACCUGCAAGACUGCACUCACUUAUAAGUGCACUAACUUCUUCAAAGGGCCCAAAUGAACAAACACAAGACAGCCAAUCAGAACAGAGCUCAUUUACAUAUAUCAGAUUUAUCACAUUUACAAAAAACAGCCUGUUUUGAAUUCACUGUUUCUGUGAUGUCACAAAACACAUUGUCGGCCUGCAGCAGUUUAGCCCCAUCUAUUCACACUAAAGCUAUAAGGAGUUUCAGUCUGGACUGCUUUUUGAAAAAGGGGCAAUAGAGGACAGCCAAUCAGAACAGAGCUCAUUUACAUAUAUCAGUCAUUUUCAAAGUGAAUUACAACUGUUUAUAAAUGAAAAUAAAUGAAAGGAUAUUGAAUAUAACAAAAAAGUAGUCUAUGGGCCCUUUAAGCACACAAACUCACACACAGAUACACACUGAAAAACACACCCACUGAUAUACCGAUUGUAUUUUUUGUAGUGUAUCAAUACUGUGUUGUGUGUAAACUGUAGAAAUAUUAGCUACAGUGGCUGAAUAUUUCAAUAAAUAUGCAAACACAGUCA